ACAGCUUCCGCAAGCGAGCUCCAUCUUCAAGCUACCCCGAGGCUCCUCUGCUCACCGUCUGGGAACUUCAACACCAGCUCUUGGCCCAUGUCUCCGAAGACACGACAACCUAUCUACAGCCGGAUUGAGUGCUAGAUUCAGUAGCGUUGCCGUGAGAAGGCCUGCUGCGGCAUCCCCUCACCAUUGGCAGACAGCUCAAAGUCUUGGUUUUUCCGACAACCGAGUCGACCAAACCAGAAUGCGGUAGCGGCGUCAGCCCAAAACCUGGAGAAAUGCGACGAUCGCGGAAGCGAGAAGGUGCGGAGCCCCGCAAGAUGAUAUCCAGGGCUUAGGUUCCUGAAAGUUCGGGCGAAAUACUCCCGGAGCUGCUUGGCUGGUAAACAUCCAUGCUUUUGCAACCGGCUAUAUGAGGUCUGUUAGGGAUCGACCAAAAUAAAACGUUUGUUACCCCAGUCCGCCUUUCGCAUUACGUCGCAAUGGGUUUCAAUACGCUUUCGUGCCAGCUUCUGCUAGCUGCGGCAACUGCUUCUGCAAAAUGGAUUGUACCAGGAGCGCGUUGGAGAGCUACCGAUGGCACUCUUGUGAAUGCGCACGCUGGCGGCAUUACUGUUGAUCAAGAGACUGGCAAGUUCUUCUGGUUCGGCGAGUACAAGAUUGAGGGUCAGGAAGAGGGUGGUGGUGUCAGCGUGUACAGCUCUGAUGAUCUCGCGACAUGGGAGCCUCACGGGUUGGCCUUGGAGCCUAUUGAGGGCCACCCCUACAUCUCCACAGAGGACAUUAUCCAAAGGCCAAAGGUUGUGUACAGCAAAGGCACUGGCCAGUACCAUAUGUGGUGGCACGCUGAUAAUUCCACUUACGGAGAGCUUCUCCAAGGUCUCGCUGUCUCAGACAACAUCACCGGCCCAUACGAGUUCGUCGAUGCCACAGCACCACUCGGCAACUGGUCGCAAGACUUUGGUCUUUUCGUAGACCAGAAAGACGGUCGAGCAUACUCGCUGUACUCUAAUGGCGACCGCAGGGAAGGACGUGACGUAUACCUGACUUCCUUCAACGAGAACAUCACGGCUCUUGAUGAAGUCGUCCAUCGCUUUGACAAGUACGAUCUGGAAGCACCGACGAUCGUGCAAACCGACAAGAGCUACUUUGCGCUGAUGUCGCACAAGACGGGUUAUCGCCCAAACAACGUUGUUGCGUUCCGUGCCGACUCUCUUGCGGGCCCCUGGUCUCAACCCUUCAUCAUCGCACCAUUGAACACCCGCACCUUCAACUCGCAAUCAGGCCUGAAUCUCCGGAUCAACGGUACCAAGAAAACAACUUACAUCUACAUGGGUGACCAAUGGGACUCCAACAGUCUCUGGGAAAGCAGAUACAUCUGGCUGCCACUUGAAAUCGACGAAGAGAAAAAGUCUGUCGAACUCAAGUGGUACGACGUUUGGGACCUCGAUGUCGAGACGGGAGAAGUCACUGCUAUCAACGGCACAACUUACUAUGGUAAAAACGCCACCACCACUGGCGAAGCGUACCACCAAGAAGCCACUUUUGGCAGCGACGGCGUCAUCGUAACCGGCAUCUACGGCAACGACAGCAAGGUAACCUUCUCCAACAUCGAAGGCGCAGGCAAACCCCAGUGGGUCUCCUUCUACUACCAGAACACGGAUGACAUGGGCUUCGGCGACCAGCCCGGUGGCACACCCGAUCGUAUCAACGGAACGUGGCAGCUUCGCCGCAUCUCGAGCGUCAUUGUGAACAACAAGACGGAGGAGCUGCAGUCGCUGUACCAGAGGGACACACACAAGGGGAUUAUUUUGAGCACACCGCUAAUGUUGAACUUGGAGGAGGGGAGCCACAAUACUAUUACUAUAGGCGGUCUGGAUAACGGACAGGAUGUCAAGGGAGCGGACAUUGAUCGCAUUGUGGUGUAUCCGCCUGAGGAGUAGUGUGAUGAAUGAUCAUGAUAGAGGCUUCUUCAAUCAAUGUGUUGAAUGCCUGUAAUUUGAAUUUAACAAAUAUUGAAGCCUCUGAUGUAAUACAGAUAUUUAUGGUCGUAUCAAUAGUGG